CGUCACAACACGUCAUCACGCUUGCACUAGGAAUUGCAAGAUGGCGGAGAGUGCGGAAUUGAAGCAAAUGGUGAUGAGCCUGCGCGUUUCAGAGCUGCAGGUUCUGCUAGGUUACGCGGGCCGGAACAAACACGGGCGAAAACAUGAGCUGUUAACCAUGGCCUUGCAUCUCCUGAAAGCCGGCUGCAGCCCCGCCGUGCAGAUGAAGAUCAAGGAGCUAUACUGCAGACGCUUCCCCACCAAGAUGGGCUCUCCCUCAGAGCUGGUCCUGCCCGGACCACACUACCCUGCCUCGGGAGGAGGGGGCACCGCCGCCCUACCUGCCGGCCUCAGCCAGCUGGCGUAUGAGGGCCACGGGCACGGGGGAGUACCCUCGCCGGCUGCCCUGCUGCCCAUCUCGUUGCUGGGGCCUGGCAAGCACGAGCUCAGCGGGCUGGCGCACCACCUGCCCACCUCGGCCACCCUGCAUCCGGUGCACCCAGACGUCAAGCUGCAGAGGCUGCCCUUCUACGAUAUGCUGGACGAGCUCAUCAAACCCACCAGUCUAGCAUCGGACAACAGCCAGCGGUUUCAGGAAACGUGUUUUGCGUUCGCACUAACACCGCAGCAAGUCCAACAGAUUAGCAGCUCAAUGGACAUCUCGGGGACCAAAUGUGACUUCACAGUACAAGUUCAAUUACGGUUUUGUCUCUCUGAGACGAGUUGUCCUCAGGAAGACCACUUUCCGCCCAAUCUGUGUGUGAAGGUGAACGGGAAGCCAUGCAACCUCCCGGGUUAUCUUCCUCCAACGAAAAACGGUGUGGAGCCGAAGCGCCCCAGCCGGCCCAUCAACAUUACCUCAGUGGUCAGAUUAUCCACCACAGUCCCCAACACCAUCGUGGUGUCUUGGACCUCAGAGGUUGGAAGGCACCUUCUGUGUUUUCAGAGCUACUCUAUGGCGGUGUACCUGGUCAAGCAGCAGUCGUCCACAGUACUGUUGCAGAGACUACGGUCCAAAGGCAUCAGGAACCCAGACCAUUCCAGAGCACUCAUCAAAGAGAAGCUAACUGCAGAUCCAGACAGUGAAAUCGCCACCACCAGCCUGCGUGUGUCGCUGCUCUGUCCGCUGGGGAAGAUGCGUCUGAUGAUCCCGUGCCGGGCGCUGACGUGUUCCCACCUGCAGUGUUUUGACGCUACGCUGUACAUCCAGAUGAAUGAGAAGAAACCCACCUGGGUUUGUCCCGUCUGUGAUAAGAAAGCCCCCUACGAACAUCUCAUCAUUGACGGGUUGUUUAUGGAGAUCCUGAACAGCUGUGUAGACUGUGAUGAGAUCCAGUUUAAGGAGGAUGGCUACUGGGCCCCCAUGAGGACAAAGAAGGAAGUACAGGAGGUCUCGUCAGCGUCCUACAGCAACGGACUGGAAGGCUUGCACCGGUCGGCGGUAGGGGAGCAGAGGAGCUCGUCGUCCCACAACGGGGGCAGUAGUAGGAUGAAGGUGGAGGUGAUCGACCUGACCCUGGACAGCUCCUCAGAGGACGACGAUGAUGACCAACCGCCCCUCAAGAGGCCGUGCCCCUCCCUGUCCCCCACCUCGCCUCCCAUCGUCAACAAGGGAGUGUUGAACCUGCACCACCAGGUGUCCCCAGUGAGCCGGACCCCCAGCAUGCCGUCUGUGGACACCAGCUACAUCCCCCCCGUACCUCCCCUCAUCCAGGACUACCGUCCCUACUACCACGCCCCAAACCAGCUCACAGAUCUGAAUUUCUUCUCCUUUCUACAAGGGGACAAUCAUCAGCAUUACAACAUGGUGAUGGCCGCCGCCGCCGCUGCCUCGGCCUCGGACGACCACGAGCUCCUUCUCAACCACUUCCGUCCCUACACCACCUCCUCCUCGUCCUCCUCCCAGCUGUUCCUGGACCAAUCUGGGGCGCCCUCCUCUGGCUCGCUGGCGCCCGUCAACGGUGGUGAUGGAGGAAACAGCAGCGGUGGCAGCAGCAGUAGCCUAGUGUCCUCUAGCAGUCUGAGAGACACUCACAGCACACACUCUCACACACACCCCACGCACUCACACACACACCCCACGCACUCACACACACACCCCACCCACUCACACCCCGGCGUAGGAGGUCGGUCCAGUGCUGAUGUGGCGGCCGCAGCCCUCUACGGGGCCGUCCCCGACGUGAUCUCACUAGACUGACGAUUUUGUUUUCGGCGACUAGCGACUGACUCCGAAACAGAGGGUUUGUUGGUUGUUUAAUGGAGGAUGCAGUCAUGACUACUAAACUGACGCAGAAACAGUUUAACGGUCCCACCCAGUCUACAGCUCUGGUUUUGAGUUGUGUUGUUAAGGCUGACUCCAGAACAGUGGAAUACCUGUCUGUGGCGGAGCCGGUCCCGAGGUGUCGUUUGACUGGGCUGACCCAGGAACAGUUAUAAAGUCACACCCCACAGAUGGAUGGGAUUGGCACCUAGUGUUGCUUGACUGAGUCCAGAACAGUUACCUGUUGGUAGCUGGCUCCCUGACAUCAUUCCACUAGACUGACUCCAGAACAGUUAUCGGUUGGUAGCUGGCUCCCUGACGACAUUCCACUAGACUGACCCCAGAACAGUUACCGGUUGGUAGCUGGCGGCUCCCUGACGACAUUCCACUAGACUGAUAUCAGAGAGGUCUAUGGGUUUCAUCUCUGAAGUCGACAGACUGGACCUAGAUCAGCUCCCUGCCGGUACCUACCAGAAACGCCGUGCAAAAACGGAGGAAGACUUUUUUUUUUUUUGUACGAAAAGAGUAACGCUGUGUACAGAGAACAACAAGUAUAUUUUCUCUUUUUACUUUUGUAUAUUAAUUAAUUGAAUAAUUUUUCUGUCCCGUAAGUAACUUCAGUUGCUAUUUUGAAGUGGAGACUGAAGAUAUACAUACGUUUCCCCUCGAUAUAAUGAACUUUAAUAUCUCAUGACUUUUCUUUGGUUUUUAUCCUGAUCUGAUGGGGAUUUUCCUCACACAUUCAUGGCAUUACCUCUUGACAUUUUCAACUUAUCGAUCUCUCUCUACUCUUCAUUUUUGAAAUCACAGUUGAAUUUAUUCUCAAAUCAAAUCAAAUCAAAAAAUCAAAAAAUUUGAUUUGAUUUGAUUUGAAUUUAUUCUCCAAGACAAUAUAUUUUCCCUGGUUGACUUGUUUGUUACUGUAUAAUUUGUUUUGGUAUUCUGCGUUCUAAGUUAUAUGUAAGAUAUAUGAAUAAGUCUCUCUGGAUAAGUGGAUCUGCUAAAUGACGUAAACAUGCAUUCCCUAAGGACUUCAGCUUGAUGCUGUGGGGAGUGUAUAGCUAGGUGGGUGAUAUUAGACAUUUCUGAUUUUCAUCUGUUAAAGGGCCAGUGGCGUCAGAAUUCUGUUUCCAGGUGUUUUUAUCAUAGUGCACAACGGCUGAUGAAACUAACAUGGUAAAAGUGUGAGAAAAAAAACGUAAAUCAGUUUUAUUUCCUGAUAGUUGCUGGAUGAAAAUAAUCUACACAGGACCUUGUAAUCAGCAGGUUUGUUUGGGCGGGAAUUUUGGCUUUACAUGGUGACGUCACUAUGUGGUAAAUUGGUUGCUAGACCAAUAGCAAAGAGACUUCCAAACCCUCUCUGCCAAUAACAGCUCGUGUUCAGUUUCCCCCCUUCCCACUCAGACCACUCCCGGACCAGUCUCGGCUAAAUUCUUGCUUUAGAGCGGGUUUUUUUCUUCCUAAAAAGCUAUUUUUGCCCAUUUUUAUGGUCAUCUAUUACAGUAAGGUGCUUCAUGUUACCUAGAAAUGAUUUGAUAUCGAUAUAUAAACGGCUGCAUUGGGCCUUUCAUUUCCCCCCCCCCACCCUUCAAUUAACCGUCUGUGCAGUCAUUAUCAUUAUGCACAAUAUUUCAAUUUGACAACAUUUGAGCAGAAAAUGUGUUGACAUGUGUAUGGUUCUUAAAACUACGGUUGACACAGAAUGCCUGUUUAACUUGAGAAAUACAGAAACACAGUCAUGUCAUGCUUUUAUUUGACACCUUGUUUAUAUCCUGUUGUUGUUGCUUUGGUUUUGCAUAUUCAACCACAUUUGUCACUUUUUGCACAAAACCAUGAAUGAACUCAACCCACACAGAGUGCAUGUGUAUCUGGGCACUACAUAUCAGUAGUAUCCUCCACCUAUCACACACUCUUCCUCUCUGUUUUCACCUGGUUGUUUGUGAGACACUCCAGCUAAAGUCAUAGCAGAGAGGAGUACCCUGUAGAGGUGGAGGGGAGUACCCCCGUAGAGGUGGAGGGGAGUACCCCGUAGAGGUGGAGGGGAGUACCCCGUAGAGGUGGAGGGGAGUACCUCGUAGAGGUG